UCGAAGCUCCUUCUAUAUUGGAUCGCCAGUGAUGAAGCCGGAGCAUUUCGCAAAUCUCAAGUUGAAUGCGCAAGAGCGAACGACUUUAGCAGAAAACGAAGCUCUCAAAUACCCGCAACCGACCACGAUGACUGAUACACCCGGCAAAUCUACGGAAACAAAUUACAGUUUCAUGAAGCAUUUUACGACGAAGAAUUUGUUCUGUUGCAAGGGACGCAACCCAAAGUUUUUCUGCUUUACGUGCGGGUAUUUCAUUCAAACCCGGCUCAGUAUGAUUACACACAUGAAAAUGCACCGCAAGCCGUUUUGUGCGAUCUGCUUCGAAUCGUUCCACGAUGAGGAGGAUGUGUCCCAACACAUCCUCGAGAAUCAUCCCGAGUUUUCCGGUAACGAUGGUCGUCUAAUGGCGCAGGCGGUUUACACCUCUACAACGGCGGCGCCACCAAAUUCCCCAUCCCGUUGCGAUGAGGAUACUAAUGGUGGACCACCAUUCCAGCAAGAUGGCAUGAUGUCUUCGCAUUCGGUUUCCUUGGUAACGAUGAAGUUGGAAGAACACCAGCGUAAAAAUACUAAACCAGGAAGGGACAUUCAUCAACGCUUGAGCCGAUAUGAUAGCAUUCAGAGACCCGCCAAAAACCAAUCGGGAUCAUCGAACGUGAAAAAAACGCAAAAGCUGAAGAGCAUGUCGAAAGCAAUGCAAAACACAGACCAGUCGGAUACUGCGCUCGUGCGAAUUACAUCUCGCUUUGGUCGUUCCAUCAGCCUGAAAGUGCCACAGUUUUAAAAUCCCUACACUUCUUGUUGCUUAGGUAGUUUAUAUUAUCUCAUAUCUUGCUAGCAUUAGCCAACACACCCUCAGGGCAGGCCCAAUGAGAA